AUGGCCGCACCGAUCCUCAGCACGAACGGCGGCGGCGGCGAGAAUGGCGGAACGCAGACAUUCCGCAUCCUGGUCCUGCCAGGCGACCACGUCGGACCCGAAGUCAUGGCCGAGGCGCUGCGCGUGCUGGACGUGGUCCAGGAGCGCUCCAACGGCAAGGUCCGCUUCGAGUAUAACCAUCAGAUCGCCGGCGGGUGCAGUAUUGACAAACACGGCACGCCCAUCACGGACGAGGUGUUGCGUCUCGCCCGGGAGGAGAGCGAUGCCGUGCUUUUUGGUAGUGUCGGUGGGCCGGAGUGGGGCACAACAUAUCCAAACCCGGAAUCAGGACUUCUCCGGCUGCGAAGACAUCUCGACGCAUUCGCCAACAUCCGGCCAUGCACAUUCUACUCACGUUCGUUGAUCCCACUCUCACCGUUGAAGUCCUCGAUCGCCGAAGGCACGAACUUUAUCAUUCUGCGCGAGAACUGCGGUGGGGCGUAUUUCGGCGAGAAAGUCGAGCAGGACGACUACGCCAGCGACUCGUGGGCGUACAAGCGCUCGGAGAUCGAGCGGUCGUCGCGCGUCGCGGCCGCGCUGGCCGAGAAGAUGGGUAAGGAUGGUCUGGGCACGGGGAAAUGUCCUCAGGGUCCCGCCACCGUGUGGUCGAGCGACAAGGCCAAUGUGCUGGCGAGUGGGCGGCUGUGGAGGAGAGUCACGUCCGAGGUGUUCGCCAAGGAGUUUCCGCAUAUCGAGUUGAAGCAUCAGUUGGCGGAUUCGCUGUCGAUGUUGAUGUGCAAAAACCCAAGGAUGUUUAAUGGGAUUAUUCAUACGGAUAAUACCUUUGGAGAUAUGUUGUCGGAUCAGGCCGGUGGGGUUGUUGGGACGUUGGGCGUGUUGCCUAGUGCUUCACUGUGUGGUGUUCCUGACGGAAGUAAGUGUAAUGGUAUCUAUGAGCCGACCCAUGGCUCCGCGCCGGAUAUUUCUGGAAAAGGGCUUGUCAACCCCACGGCUCAGAUCCUCUCUGCGGCGAUGAUGUUGAGAUAUAGCUUCAACAUGGGCGAGGAGGCACUUGCUGUCGAGCAAGCGGUGGAGAAGGUUCUUGACGGGAAGGAUAUUGGUGGAUUGGAGAUACGGACUGGUGAUCUUGGAGGGAAAUCCACGACCAAGGAGGUUGGUGACGCUGUUGUGGAUGUCCUCAGACAGAUCCUAAGCGGGCAUUUCAGCGCUUCGGGAGCUGCAGACCCUAGUCGGAAGGAGCUCGUUAGUCGGGCGAAAGAACAUGCUGUUCAUGGUGAUGAGAAUAAGAAGUGGGAGCAUAAGCUGAAGAAGGAGCAUGUUCACACGGGUCCUGAUGAUGCUUUGAUACAGCCUUGA